AUCUAACAUGACAUCAGAUGGAACAAACAAUUGAUACUACAAACGACAGAUAAGAUAAAAUUUUUAUGUAAGCCAAAUCAGCAUUCUAAGUAAAAUCAACAGAAUAGCUCACAGCUAUGUACAAGUGAAAAUAAAUUGUUCAAAUAUUUUGAUUUUAAAAUAGUGUGUACUUAGUGAAACAAUUUGCAAAUAUUACAAUGGCAAGGAUAAAACGAGGAUUUGUUUUUGGUGCUUCUGUUGUGUCGGGAAUUGGUGUUUUAUUUACGAUUAUUUCGCUUGCGACUGAACAAUGGGUUUAUUCGGAUCAAGCGCAGCUGGCUGUCAACGCUUCAACAGAUCGGUAUUUCUCCAAGAUCAAGUAUGGCUUAUUUCAAGGGACGCUAAGAACGGGCGUUACUUACAACACGGUCCAAAUAUCAAUGACAUGUAUUGCAAAAAACAACAUUUGUGCUAUGUUAUGUGCAAAGAAUAGCACAGAGCGAUUUAACAUUUUAGAGGACCUUUACGAUAAUAAGGGAAUCCAUAUCCAGAACGACAAUGAAUGUCCGAUGGUAGCAAGUAGUACCAAAUUACACAAUGAAUUUGCAGUAUUAAGAUCUACACAAGCAAGUGCCAAUAAGGACAGAAAAUUUAUCAACUUCGGAGUAUGGAUCUCGACAAUAUUUUUCUUAUCAGUGUCCAUCUUAUUUGGAUUACUAGCAGCUGGUCUAUCAUUGUACAACACUGUGUCCAAUCCAAUACAAAUAUACCUCAGUAUAUAUGGAAUAUUUAUAUAUAACGGAAUUGCAUUAGGCACUGUUAUUAUCGCAGUAACAGUAUGGGGAAUUUUUUUCCAAAUAAGCAUUUUUCAUGAUAUAGCUAUUUAUUAUACAUUAGCUGGAAAUAUGGAGUCAGAUAAGACAGCAGUUUUAGGAUACUCUUACUGGCUAAAUAUCGUCCCCAUAGUAUUAUACAUAGUAAGUAUAACGUUGCUAGCAGUACGCGAAUACAUGGUUUCACACGACCCGAAACAAAAAAUUGUACAAAGGGAAGAAGCUGGUGAUCCUGUAAUAUACCUUUAUUAAAUUAAAAUAUGUACCAAUUUUUGUUUUUAUUUAUAUAUAUUUUAUGAUCUAUGAGGUAGUAAAGUAAAAUCUCAAAAGGAGAAUAAUAUAGAUAUAUAGGUAAUAUCUCA